AUGUUUCACGUGUACUGGCCCAUGACUGCUUUUGUGACUCUCAUUCUAGUGGUGGGAGCCAUUAUGGGAAUUCUAAAAUGGGGCGCAAAGUAUUGCAAACUGCGCCACACCACUUUACCAGAUAACGAGUAUUUACGCCAUAGGGCUUAUGAGCAAGAAAUCUAGCGUAAAACUCUUAAAUAGAUUAUUUCGCUAUAUUUCUUCAUUUAUAACUCCACCAGCACAAUUUUUCCACAACGGUUUUUCAAAUGGCCUUUAGUAUUAGUCAGGUAGUUUUAAGCAUUAAUAAUUAGUUCCGUCCAGUUACUCAAAUGUGUGAGAGAUAUUUGUCAUCGCCUUACUGUUUUCAUUUCGGAUGAAUAUUGAAUCGAAUAUUAGCUAGGAAUUUACAGAAUACAUCUAAAAAACUAAGUUAAUUGAAUAAGAUUAAAAAAUACUACAUAUCUUGAAAAUUUGUAAUUUUCAAAUUUCCUUCUAAGAAACUUUUAAAACAAUGACAAAACCCAAUAAUCGCCUCUGACAUGUUCUUAGUUUAAGGUCGUGCCGUCCAUUUUAUACAUUUGCUAUUAACAGUUUUUUAUAAUAAACAUCUUCACAUCAA